UGAGUGUGUAGGGCUCGUCAUAGAAAACGAGAGCGCUGUAUUCUUUGCAAGUAGUUUGUGCAAUAAAAAUGACAAAAAAGUAAUUUGGUGGAAAAUCAGCGUUAAUUUUCAUCCGUUUGCACGACAGAAUGUCGCAGGUUAAGAAACUUGCCGUGAAGUGAACAAAAAUGAAAUUGAAACAAUAACAAGUGAUUAUAGAUAACAAAAGAAAAAUUCUGUAUGUAUAAGACCAACUAUAUAUAGCGAAUUGGAUGAUUUGUGUAAAUAAAUAAUGUAACUAUUAAGGAAAGCCGACAGAUCGGAGAGGCUUCCCAAGCAUUUCGAAGCAUUUGUAAAACGAUUAUAAAUUCUUAGCUUUUGUCAAUUGUCAAUAAUAUUGUAAUCUCCUGCCGCCCCAAACAAGUACCGCCCUUCUCUUUUCAUCGUUUAAGAGAGAACAUCAGCAGCAAAAGAAACCAAACAAAAAACAAUUUAAAUAUAGGAAAUUAUCGAUUUGUGUUAUUGUUGUUGUUCUUAUUCCGUCUAUGUGAUAGCGCUUAAUGUCAUUGUCAAAUGAACGAAACAAGCUUCGCCCUCAAAAAUAUUUUCCAGACGACAAGACAGCGAAUUAGACAAGUUACCAGAUUUCUUCCUAUUUAACGCCACGCAACGAACCAGCUCUAAGACGUUCUGUUAUCGCCACACGCACAUUAACAAAAAGUUUAAUAUAUUCGCGUUAACUGGUUUACAAUCUCUAGAACCAUGGAUUGGAUAAUUAACGAUGAAAUGGGAUUGACCGUGGGUCAUGUUGUUGGCUGGGCUGCUGCAUCCGCCAUGGUCAUAGGCGGUGUAAUCCCCUACGUGCCUCAGUAUUUGGAAAUCAAAAAGACCCAAGAUGCCGAUGGGUUCUCUUUACACGUUUGCUUUGCGCUGCUUAUUGCAAAUUCUUUGCGUAUAUUAUUUUGGUUCUCAAAGCGUUAUGAGCUUCCGCUUCUCGUGCAAAGCCUAGUUAUGAAUGUGACUAUGUUCCUAAUGAUACAUUUGUGCGUCAAAGUUAAACGAGUCAAUGCUAAUGCCAGAGAACGCAAUCUAUCAGCAAAUGAUGAGAUGCGUUUGCCAAAGGUUUUGAUGACAGAUGCAGACACGGCCGGAUCCAUUUCUAUAUCUACAGAAGCAGGUCCUUUAAAACGGAGUCGGUCACGACAUUAUUUAAGUGAUCUCGACCUCAAAUACUUCUGGAAUUGGACCGAUUUCCAGUCAUAUUUGGAUUUUAUGUUAGUCGUUUGGGCAGUCGGCGCAGCUGUAACAUACCUGAUGCUUUCCGUAGAUUGGUUUAUGGAAAUUGUUGGAUUUGUAGCGGUUUUUACAGAAGCUAUGUUAGGAGCGCCACAAUUUAUUCGAAAUUUUAAGAAUAAGUCAACUUACGGAAUGAGCAUCCAUAUGGUUUUAAUGUGGACUCUUGGUGAUAUGUUCAAAACUGGUUAUUUCAUAGCUAGAAAAGCACCAUCCCAGUUUUGGAUUUGUGGAACAUUACAGGUCAGCUUAGACUUGGCCAUACUCAUGCAAGUAUGGAUAUAUCGACACAAUUCCAAGCCUCGCGAUAUCCAUCGUGGAGAUUAGCAGUUUGCCCCCGAAGAACAACAACAGCAACAACAAAUACAAGAACAAAAUUCUAAUACCAACAACAUUUCAGCAGACAGUAUUAGCCAAUCACUCCACAACACCAUAACGAGCAGUGGAAGCGGUGACGACCACCUAUUGACAGCACAUGCAGAGGACGAAUACAAGAGUUAUCACGACAAUCGUGCAUUUCAAUUUCACAAUAAUAACACUUUAGGUCGAAAAAAGGCCGUGGGAAGCAUUUCCGAUAGUAAAACAACGAAACAAGCUAGCCAAGUAGAUCAGACAACCGUUGUUGGAGAUAAAUUAAAUGUGGUAAUAAUACACGAAAUUUCUAAGAAGCCACCGCAGGAAGAUGCAGACUUCAAAGUGGACCAAGUGUGCGCAUGCACAAGCCAACAAAAUAAUAUUAAGGCAGGCGGCGAGACACGCAAACGCCAUAAUGCCACGCAGACACCAACUUCACUAAUAAAUUGGGAAAAACGCCCGUAUUAUCAUAGCAAUAAUUUAUUGCAAUGCCAUUGCGAAUACAUCUGCCUAAGGAGGUCACCCGCAUCAUGUUAUUGUCCAAAUGCCCAAGAACAAGUGUGCCACUGCCAUCGUUUACCAAAUUCUACCUCCCAUUACUGUCGAUACAAGUGCCAGCACCAUCACAGACAUAGUGGACGAUCUCGUUCGACGGAUCAUAAACAUCACGAAGGCCAAGGACCUCCGAUGGGCAUAAAGGAGUGUCCUAUGCGACGCAAGCACAACAAAUGUUGGAGCGAGAAUCGAUCCCGUUACGGACCUAUGAAACAACAAGCCCAUAACUUACACUGCUCUUCUAUGGAACACCUUCCAAAUAUCUAUACCAAGUCUUCCGAAUCUAGUGAUGAUCCACAUAACCAUCCCAAUCAUCAUUUAUCUUCAUCGACGGCCUUGCAAGAGAUAGCAAUCGAAAUAGACGCUGCGACAAUGACGGAAGACAACAGUACAACGGCCACAUCAAAUUUUGCAUUCAAAGUAGCCGCCGACAACGCUGUCGUUCCGAUUAUUCGUGCUCCUAUUCAUGCCGACUCUGAUGAGGAAAGCAGAGGUGUUAUCAGGCAUAUGAAGAGAAGAUCUUCGAUCAACUCAAAUACGACCGCCGAGACUGAUGAAUUUUCUAAUGAGGAAGCUGAAGAAAACCAGCCUCAAGGAGAUUAUAGAUGUCAGUGUGUGUAUUGGCAUUCUUAUGAAAGCGGCCAGAAAUUUUUAGCCAGUGCGGUGGCGGAACCUAAAAAUGAAUGCGUCAAAAUAAAGCGCAAGCGUUUCAUUGCUGCAGACGACUGCUGUAGCAGUUGCUCCAGAUGUUCUAGCUGUUCAUGUUCCCACGUACAUACUAGUAGUUGCAGCAGUUUCGAGGAAUGGCCAGGAAUCACAUCGAACACCCAGUCGUUUACUGUAUCCGCAGAUUGCCACCGUUGUGCUACCAAACGACACUCAGCAGUGUCAAGCACUGACUAUACCGGCAAUAAUGAUAACCCUUUCAUUUCAGACGAAGUACUUCCCCAACCUUUAAUUCAAGACACCACCGAUAGCUCGGCUCCCACCAGUCGUCGCAGUAGUAUUACAACAAGUUUCUGUUCGUGCACCUCAAAUGCUCCAUGCUGUUGUGGCGAAGAUUCGGCUACAGGACAAAUGUGUACGGCGCAGGACGCAACUAUACGUACAUCUUCGAUUGGUAAAGUCGCCUGUCUGGAUGUUGACGAACAACAUUCAAGUACCUUGACACCUUUGACUAACCCAUCAUCUGCAGUGUCUACGCCAGUCGGGGAAGAAGGAGACGUCACUAUGAGAAGCAUAAGCCAGCCGUUGACUGAUGACACAUCCUCUCAUAGUCAUUCAGCUGAUUAUUAUUCCUUAUCGUCCAGUCAGCCGCACUCACAAACGACACCAAAUAAAACUCCCAGGCAUGCAGUUAUUUUGCAAAAAUCUACAGAAGUUGCCCGAGUAGAUGUUGCAGGUGAAACAUUUGAUGGUGAAGAUCAUGAUAAAAAAUCGCGAAAACCAUGCAAACAUUUCGGAAAACACCAUCGUCAUAAACGUUCUGAAUCUCCAAGCGAUUCCUAUUUAUGACGAAGUGUUUCGCUGGUCACAUGGCCAGCGAUUGAUGUAAAUUCGUUGCUACAGCAGACUAUACGUCAAUCCGCCAUUCUGCAGGAGAAUUCUCAACCGCCCGAUGAUAGUUUGUCAGCGUUGGCCAGAAGAAAACAGCAGUUACGUCUACCCACGCAACCACAAGAUCUGAGUGUUGGCAGCAAUGAUAGUUCUUCCGCAACUCUAACUUCCAUAGUAACAAUAGCGAAAUUCCCUCCACUUUCCAUGCAAAUCCCGAAAUCACAAUUGUUGUCAUCAAAUUUGUCGCAGCCGCCUUCAUCAGUUCAAUCGCUGUCAGCCAUCACAGCACUGUGUGGAACCAAUGGGUCCAGUGUUGUUACAACAACGACAUCCACAACCUCAGCUCCCAAUAGCGGGCGCUUGAAGCGUAACCCAAAGUUUUCUCCAUUGAUUGGUGAGCCAUUCAGCUGUGAUCCACUACUGAAUGCUGCCCAAGAACGGCGUUCCACGGAGAUUAUUUUAUAGCAAGUUUGCCAAACCUAUGUGCAACACAAUUAUUGGCAAAGUUCGUUUUGUGUCUUCAGAAGUGUGUACUCUCUAGUUAAUGAAAUUCUCACGAUUGAAUUAACAUACAAUCUUAAUGGCUGUGCAUGGUAAUCUGUCAUUCGAUCUUCGAUUUUUGUCAAUUUCCCUCUAUAUCUAAUCGUUCCACUAAAUUAACAUAAGUAUGUACCAUUAAUACGAAUUUCUCGUGCCCUUUAAAUUUAAGUUGCUGUUUAUCCUAGAAUUUUUGAUCGAAUUUUUGUUUAUUUACUUGUUGUUUCUCGGGGGUCAACUAUUUCCUCCCCUAGUAUUGCACUGCAAUAUGAAUUUUCUAGACUAUUUUUUGUUCUUUUAUUUGAAUACUUUUUUCAAAACAAAAUCUACCUUUUUGUUUGGCCUAAUGUUCCAAAUGUCCUUAACGACGAUUGUAGUGUUAUAAAGGAGCCAGAUGAGUCUCAUUCUAUGAAAUCCACUUUGUAUGAGGAGAACAUGCACAGAAAUGUCAUACAUAAGGAAAACAUGCACAUAAGUGUCAUAUAAGAAUGAGUGUUUUAUCGCAGCCAAAGUGUUGAUAUCAAAUUUAAGUUUAACAAUACUAUAACGUGUCCUUUAUCUGAAAUAAUUAUGUUCUCCCAUGUAAAGUCGUCGUGCGUUUAAGACUAUAUAUUACAAACUUGAAGACAAGUUAAUCAAUUUUAAUAUGAACAUAUCCAGACUACUAGAACAAUUAUACAAAUUAUUAAAAUAAUACUAUUUAUAACAUUUUUAGUUUUUGAUCUCUGAUUACGAAAAGCAUAACGCAAUUAUAGAACUUGUAAAAUUAUCAGAGAAUUUGUACGAAAUAGAAAUUUAAUAGCUUUAGCUAUUUCGUUAUAAGCAAAUACAUAAUAUAUAGUUAUGAAUAGCUUUGUUUCUUAGUUAAUUUAGUGUAUAUUUAUUUUUGAUUACACUAUUAUACAAAACUAUGCAAACCAUUUAAUUAUUUAUAAAAACGUAAUAUAGCAAAUUAUACAGACGAAAAGCUUUUAAUUUUGUUUUUAUUUUGUUUUGGCAAGUGUAUGGAAUUUUUUUCUCGUGUCGUACGUCAAACGUUCGAAACACGAAUUAAAAAUGUUGAAACUUGAACACUUCGUUGGCAUACAGGGUCCGCCAAAUAACCUUUUCUUUUUGAAAAUAAUAAUAAUAAUAAAAAAAUACUGAAUAUUUUCUCAAAAUAAAUAGUGAACAAUAAUUUUAUUCAAAAGGCCGCCUCGGCUGGCCAUGCGUAACCUACACGAUUGGCCACCACGAAUUAAAAAUGUUGAAACUUGAACACUUCGUUGGCAUAUAGGGUCCGCCAAAAAACUUUUUAUUUUUGAAAAUAAUAAUAAUAAAAUACUGAAUAUUUUCUCAAUAUAAAUAGUGAACAAUAAUUUUAUUCAAAUGGCAGCCUCUAAUAAUAAUAAUAAUAAAAAAAUACUGAAUAUUUUCUCAAAAUAAAUAGUGAACAAUAAUUUUAUUCAAAAGGCCGCCUCGGCUGGCCAUGCGUAACCUACACGAUUGGCCACCACGAAUUAAAAAUGUUGAAACUUGAACACUUCGUUGGCAUAUAGGGUCCGCCAAAAAACUUUUUAUUUUUGAAAAUAAUAAUAAUAAAAUACUGAAUAUUUUCUCAAUAUAAAUAGUGAACAAUAAUUUUAUUCAAAUGGCAGCCUCGGCUGGCCAUGUGUAACCUACAAGGUCGGCCCAACUCUUAAGCACAUUUUAAGCACUUAUAUUUGACGACAUCCUACAAAUAAUAGUCCAAAGGUGUCAAAUCGUCGUUACGAGUUUGACAAUCAAUAUCAGCUAUGCGGCUAAUAAUGUGAUUUCUAAAAACAAGGCACAAAAAUCGAUUGUAGCUUCGAUUAAGUGGCACGUAGCGCCGUCCUUUUAAAACCAAAUGUUGCACAAUAUUCUUCUCUUCAGUUUUUGUGAACAAAAAUUCAUUCAACGUGGCUCUUGCUCAUUUUCGAAGAGAAAUGACCCAAUUAUGCCUUUAGACCAUAAUCCGCAGCGAACAGUGAAUCUUUUUGGGUGUAUCUGCUUUUCAAUGUUUGCGAUUGGUGCUUUAAUUGCGAUACUUUUACUUGUAUACAAACCGGGGAAGAAAAUCACUGUCACUGUUUCUAAACACAUUCUACCAUAAAUAUCAAAGUAAUAUCGCAAUAUUUCGCAGCCAUGUUCAAGUGUAUCUUUCAAAUCAGGUUUACAGGGGAUUCACGAAAUAAGCACUAGUUGAAAAAAAACGUCAGAUGGCGGACCCUGUACAUACACUUCAAUGUUAAUUAUUUUUGUUGCAUUUGUACCUAAUGCAAAAAUUAAUGUGGCGAAGUCCAUCAUUAGAUUGUGCAGGUUUACAAAUUUCGGAAUCGCGGCUCUAACCAAGCAGUGUAGAAAAACUGAAUUUUUCCAAAGCUGCGCAUGAUAAUUCGUUAUUUGUGGGAAAAAGCACAGUUUAUUAUUUAAAGUUGCGUGUUUACAACCCACUUUCAUGUGUUUUUUUUUAUCAACCACCCUUUAGUAGCGGCGCUCACCAAGUCAUUUUAAUAUAUUUAGUUAUCUUUUUUGAGUUUAUAUUUUAAGUUAUUUCAUGUAAAUAUAAUAUAAAAUAAUGUACAACAUUAUUGUAUGAAAACGUAAAAAAUACUUCCUUGAAAAAAACUUGAGAUUCCGUUGAAACAUACACACUUAUUAAAUUAUCAAUUUGUUAAUAAAAUUAUAAAAGUAUCGAGAGAAAAGGUUAAUAAAAAUGCAUUAAAUGUUGAAAUGAACAUUCAAUGUGUUAAUGCUGGAAUACAAAACCCCAAGGGUUUAAACAUUUGUUGAUUAGUAUGUAGUCACCAUACAUGUAUGUUAAAACUAUGUAAUUCGAAUAUUCAGUUUAAAUAAAUUAUUGUUAGAAAAAUUGUGAAAGAAAUGACGCUUCGAACCAUAAUUAUGAACACGGUCGAAUUCGUCAGGUCGUCGUAUCUACUUAUCACUGUCAAAAUAAAAAGUUCUAUGCCUUUUCCUCUGCGUAGAAUAAGGGAUCUAUUAAAAAGCAUUAUAUAACUCCAUACAUAUUUGUUUCAUCUAACCAAAAAGCAAUAAGAAUUAUAAUAAUAAAUUAGCAAGUAUAUAUUUUAAACUCUACAAUUGACAGUUUUUCAAUCCUUAAAUACUUAUCUAUCUAUUCAAAACAUGGUCUUGUUAAUACUUAAUUUACAGGCCGAUACUAUAUGCCGAUGUUCAGAUACACAUUAUAGGAUAUUCUUGUCGCUGCAAUUGGAAGAUUAUCUGCAACGUUUUUGUAUCGUGAAGCAGAAGACAUGUAGAUUUCCAUAAUAUCGUGUUUAUUAAUAAAGUCAAUAUAACCAAA